GAUCACCCGGCUUGAUUGCGAGGCAUGCAAUCUCUAUCACAGACCAGCUAGCACAGCAACCUAACAGAUCCACUGUGAUCAGAAGUUUGUUAUCAGCACUACAUUAUAGUCAUAUUUUAUUUCAUGUUAGUUGUAAUAGUAUAACUGAACCAUCGUCUAUAGAAAUAUAGAUCUACUGCGCCGGAGUGACCAGGUAAAACCUUUCGCGGUACUUUCAACAUGAUGCUAGGAUCAUGCUACUAGUUGCUGUUGCUGCCGGGGAUUGAUAUGCGACCGCUCUGUGUUAAUGCGCUCUGUUUGCACCGCAUUUGAGGCUUUGUUUUCAAACACAUCUUUGAUAAUGUAGCUUGGCGUGAGGUAGGUUUUCGUGAAACAUGUUCUGGACGAAGUCUGUGUGGAAAUCUGGUACGCGUUGAGUUACGCAGGAAUGCUAAGCUAGCUUGCUAUCCGAUUGAGGCAGACGUGAGCGCCUGUCUGGGCCCUGAUGUAGGAAACAGGACUGCUUAUAUCGCGACUGAUUGUUGGUGUAUCUGCUCGCCCAUGCAGUGCUAACACACUAUCCGUAUGAGUGUUUUUAAGUACGUAUGUUUUCCCAGAAUGAAAAUGAUCGUAGUCGUUGAUGACAGUGUUUCGUACGAUUGCAGGGUGAUUUUUAGACCGGUGAAGAACUCUGUGAUUCUUCUCAGGGGUAAAUAAUUAACAAACAUUUGGUGGAUUGUUGUGCUUAUCACCGGGAGAUAUCACAGUCCUGUUGACGUUACCUCGCGUUACUUCUGCGUGAUUUGAUUGGUUUAAACGGGGGUACAAGAUGGAGCGUUGAUUUAUUUCAACUACAUUGUGUCGUGUGUUUUGCAGGAUGGAGUGGCAGCCGGAUGAACAGGGUCUGCAGCAAGUGCUUCAGCUGCUCAAAGACUCCCAGUCCCCAGACACAGCCACCCAGAGAGCUGUACAAGAAGUAUCCUUUCUCUCGUGUGUUUUAUGUGAGAGAGAGUGAGUUAAAAUGAGGGGAAAAGUGUGAGAUAUGCAUUGAAUGUCAGAGAAAUCUGUUAGGGUCUAUGCAGAGGUCCUCUCAGGUGAAUUGCUGUGAUUGGCUGUGAUUGUAAAGCGAUUCACACCAAUGUCUUACAUGGGAACCUGGUAUUUAAGGAAAUUUGACCCAUGUGAAAUAUGUGAUCCACGUUGGAACUUCUUAACAGAAUCUUCAGAAACUGGAGCAACUGAACCAGUUCCCAGACUUUAACAACUAUCUCAUCUUUGUCCUCACAAGCCUCAAAUCAGAAGGUAUGUAUGAAUGCCACAAAGGGGAUAUUAACAGUGAAACUUUGCUGUUUUGAAACAUACUUACCCUGUCUCUCUGCUGUCUCCUUUCUCAAGAUGAGCCCACUCGCUCUCUGAGCGGUCUUAUACUGAAGAACAACGUUAAGGCUCACUAUCAGAACUUCCCUCCAAACGUAGCUGACUUCAUCAAACGAGAAUGCCUCAACAACAUUGGAGAUCCGUCACCGCUUAUCAGAGCUACUAUUGGUGGGUGUUUGAGUGAGAAACAGACAAUGUCAAAAGAGAAAGCUAGUGUUGGCUGCUUUUCCUAGUGUGAGUCAGACUACCACGUAGGUGGUGAAAUUUCUGCAGGUAAUGUUUUUGUGUGGGAGAGAGUGUUGUAUUUUCAAGAUGUUUUGAAUGACUAAGGGCUACAGCAACUUAUGAGUUACAACUGAACUUUUAAGGCUUGAUUAAUCAUUGUUGCCCUUUUUUAUUAUGCAUCAUAAAGGUAUCCUGAUCACGACCAUAGCCUCUAAAGGAGAGCUGCAAACAUGGCCUGAACUGCUGCCUCAGCUCUGUAAUCUGUUAAACUCAGAGGACUACAACACCUGUGAGGUAAGAUUCUCCUUUUUUACAUUUUCUUUUUCAGUAAAUCAUUUUAUUAUUAAUUAGUCAAGUUUGAUUGAAUGGAAUCUCGUCUUUCAGGGUUCUUUCGGAGCCUUGCAGAAGAUCUGUGAGGAUUCAUCAGAGUUGUUGGACAGUGAUGCUCUGAACAGACCUCUCAACAUCAUGAUUCCCAAAUUUCUGCAGUUUUUCAAGCACUGCAGCCCUAAGAUCAGGUCUGUGAAGCAUCCAAUUUUGUCUUUUGAUUACCAGAACUUUGUCACUCUUUCUCAAACUCUGUAUUUGUACUUUUCAUGAGAAGAUCAUGACUCCACUUUCUUUCCUCUCUCAGGUCCCAUGCCAUAGCGUGUGUGAACCAGUUCAUCAUCGGUCGAGCUCAGGCUUUAAUGGAUAACAUUGACACAUUUAUUGAGGUGAGCACUAUCAGACAACUUGGGUUUAUUUCCUUCUCUUUUUCACAUUAUCUCUGACCCAGUUUUAUGGAGACUCACCUUUAUCCUCACUUAGAGACAGACUGUUGGCACAAUGCGUCGGUUUGAUUUAUUACGAUAGGUUUGUUCUUUUAAACUUUGGCAGGGACUAAAGAUCAGUGUUAUUAAUCUUUUAUUUGCCUAUCAUAAUCAUUUUGUCAGGGUUUAAAUUGUUAAACAGGAAAUUUCUUGUCACAGUUCCCCAUAAACUGAAUUAACAAUUUAGCCAACUUUGAAAAACCAAAACACAUUUCAUAUAUACUGGCAUAAAUUUAAAAGAUAAAAGCCAGAGCUGAGAUUCAAGGAGAAGAUUGAAGAACAAAUAUUAAAAUUUCUGCCAUGAUUGAUCAUUAUGAUAGCUGCGAUAAGAUUUAUCAAUUUUCAACUUUAAACUUGAUCAUUGUAACUUAGUGAUAAUCAUGGAUAAUGAUAAUGAGCUCCAUUAUUAUAUUAUGCCUAAUGUUAUCCAGUUUAUUGAUAUAGCCGCAGUAUGAAUAACAUUUUGCAUCUGCCAGGUGAGACAAGGAAGUACACUGUGCUAUUAGUUGCCAAAUAAGGAUGAAAUGUUGUUUCAUGUCAAUAGUGAUAUAGAAAAGAGGGAGUCUUGUUUUUUUUAAAAAAAAGUUGUAGUCAUUUAUUUUGACAACUUCACUGCAAAAUGUCUGUGAUCAAGUUUGUGAUGACCAAACUGUACUGAAAGCUGUUAUUUGUCAUUUUCCCCCUCCCAAUAAUUUUUAAUUAAUCAUACGGGGAAAUAACGGUCACUGCUUUCAAUGUGUUCAUAUCAGACUAUCAUGAAGGUUUGAUCUUACUUUAAGUUGACCUGCCUGUAAACUUUCCUCUCUUCCCCCCAUGUCUAAAUGUCACUGAUUGUUCCUGCUAUUCUCCUCAUCUUGUGUCUGUCUCACACAGAGUCUGUUUGCACUGGCUGGGGAUGAGGACUGUGAAGUGAGGAAGAAUGUCUGCAGGGCUUUGGUGAUGCUGCUGGAGGUCCGCAUCGAUCGCCUCAUCCCCCACAUGCACAGCAUCAUCCAGGUGAGACACACAUGCACAGACAUUCACACUGUUCUAACAAAAAAAAUGUUUGGUUUUUUUCCGUCUCAUCUUCUAUUAAAUGUUGCUCGUUUCCCCACCAACCAGUACAUGCUCCAGCGCACUCAGGACCCAGAUGAGAAUGUGGCUCUAGAGGCUUGUGAGUUCUGGCUGACCUUAGCUGAACAGCCCAUCUGCAAAGAGGCUCUGUCCGGUCACCUGGUCCAGUAAGUGCUUGCACGUCCACAGCUUGUUUGUUGGGGCUAAGCUGAUGACAAAGAAGGGAAAUUGUGUGAAUUUUCUCUAAGUAAUGUGUUUGGUUAUCCCCUUUUUUUCCAGACUGAUUCCUAUCCUGGUAAAUGGGAUGAAAUACUCAGAGAUUGACAUUAUUCUUCUAAAGGUGAGGCCCCUGCUCUUCCUUUUCUUAUCAUUUUCUGACCACUUGUGUUGCUCUGGCAAUGACCUUUCCUUUCUGCUGCCAUCCAGGGUGACGUUGAAGAAGAUGAGGCAAUUCCAGACAGCGAGCAAGACAUCAAGCCCCGCUUCCACAAGUCCCGCACUGUCACUCUGCAGCACGAAGGAGGAGAGGGAGAGGAGGGGGAGGACAUAGAUGAGGACGAGGACGAUGAUGACGAUACUCUCUCUGACUGGAAUCUACGUAGGUUACAAAAAUGCAGCUUAAGUGACUUUCUUUGGUGGCUUUGUGGCAGUUCAUGCACCUAGAGUCUAAUCUUGGACUUAAAACUAGUAGUUAUAGUAAUGAUUUAAACUUGUGAAGUUAUCUCGCGUGCUGAUGUCCACCCCCCACCCGCUUCCUCUCCAGGGAAGUGCUCUGCAGCCGCUCUGGAUGUUCUGGCCAAUGUGUUUCGUGAGGAGUUGCUCCCCCAUCUCCUGCCCUUGCUCAAAGGCCUGCUGUUCCACCCUGACUGGGUCAUCAAGGAGUCUGGCAUCCUGGUGCUGGGGGCAAUUGCUGAAGGUGAGGCUUACUACAAACAUCCUUAAAAUAUACAGUAUCCUGAACCAACUCCAGAUUUCCCUCAUGCUGCCGGUUCAGGAAUAACAACCGACAAUUUAGCGAAGGAAUAGAAUUUUUAUCAUUUCCACAACAUUUUAUAACACACUAUAUGGAUCAGGAAUAUGAAUCUUAAAGAUUUAACCUGAAUUCCGGAUUUUUAUAUUUGUAUUAUAUUGAAAAUAAUGGAGCUGCUCAUAGAAAUAAAAAAUUCUCAGGACAUCUACAGGCCAAAAUGUGAUGAUACUCGUUGUUUACAUGAAUUCAAGCUUUGGCACAAGAUUGACAGUGGUUAGCCAUGUUAAUUGUUUGUGAUUAUAAGAAGGCUGUGCUUGUGCUUUAAAGUACAAUAGUCCAGCUAACCGUACAGCCAAAGACGCUGGGCUAAUUAAGCAUGAUCCGGAUACGAUUAGCACUCAGUUUCUCCAUGUCUUCUUAACAAAAGCUGUAACCAGCUUAGAUGUAGAUAGACAGACGUGAUCACUUUUAGCUCGAAGGAGUACCAAUUACAUCCCUCACAGAUACUUUGGGCAGAGACAGGCAGGGUGUUUUCCACUUGAUUCUGACAUUAAUGAUAAGCUAAGCUCCUCAGCUGUCGGGGGGAGUUUGAUAUUUCACAUCCAGAAAUGUCAGUGGUGUUCAUUUUUCUCUCUGGCCCGGCAAAAAAAAAGCUCAUUCACAUUGUGUCGGGUGGGCAGUUGUCUACUGCAUUCACACGUCACAAUGUCCUUGGCAAGACACUGAAUUUCAAACUGCUUCUUAGUGGCAUGGGCAGUUGUGUGUGAAUAUGUGAUAAUAAUGGCAUUAGUGAAUACUAAUGGGAACCCUAAAUGGACUCCUGUUCCAUCUCUGUGUAUGAAUAUGGUUUGAAUGAGUGUAUUUUAGUUGUAAAUGGAAAAUAUACAUCUUUUCUUGUUCCUCCAGGCUGUAUGCAAGGCAUGGUCCCUUACCUGCCUGAGCUCAUCCCUCACCUCAUUCAGUGUUUGUGCGACAAAAAAGCCCUUGUCCGUUCCAUUGCCUGCUGGACCCUCAGCCGCUAUGCCCACUGGGUGGUCAGCCAGCCUCCUGACGCUCACCUAAAACCCCUGAUGACCGAGCUGCUUAAACGCAUCCUGGAUGGCAAUAAGAGGGUACAGGAAGCAGCAUGCAGGUAUAGCUCUUAGUUUUACCGGCUGUUUUCUUCCCCCUCCCUCACUAUCUGCCCGUCUCUCUAACUCUUCUGGUCUGGUCUUGCUUGCAGCGCGUUUGCCACCCUGGAAGAGGAGGCGUGUACAGAGCUGGUGCCGUACCUGAGCUUCAUCCUGGACACGCUGGUUUUUGCUUUUGGAAAGUACCAGCAUAAGAACCUGCUCAUCCUUUAUGAUGCAAUAGGAACAUUGGCAGACUCUGUGGGACAUCACCUCAACCAGCCUGUGAGCGCAUAAUGCAUUUACGAAAUGUCUUUAAUUUUAAUUUUAUAGUGUUUGAACAAGUGAGUCAAAGGGCAAUGUUACAUAUUUUAUAGGAGUACAUCCAGAAGCUGAUGCCUCCACUAAUAGCGAAGUGGAAUGAGCUGAAAGAUGAAGACAAAGAUCUCUUCCCUCUGCUUGAGUGUCUGUCGUCUGUUGCCACGGCGCUGCAGAGCGGCUUUCUCCCAUACUGUGAGCCCGUCUACCAGCGCUGCGUCACCCUGGUCCAGAAGACACUCGCCCAGGCCAUGGUUGAGAGAUACACACCCACAUUUCAGCUGUUUUAAACGCUUUAAAUAAAUGACUCUCCACAGCAACAUCUCCUGUUUGUUUCUCAGAUGUACAGUCAGCAGCCAGACCAGUACGAAGCCCCUGACAAGGACUUCAUGAUCGUCGCGUUGGAUCUUCUGAGUGGCUUAGCCGAGGGACUGGGGGGCCACGUUGACACUCUGGUCGCUCGCAGUAACAUCAUGACGCUGCUUUUCCAGUGCAUGCAGGUGAGGGGAGCUGAACUGAAUACUGAUCCCUCUGUAUGAUCCCUAAAAACAUCCAAGACCAUCAGUGAGAUAAGUGAUUACUAUUCUGAGUGUCUGCAACAGCCUCCAGAUCAAACAACUUCAAUACAGGGCACAAAAUAGAGAAAUAACAAUCUGAAAUAAAAUGUCUUCAUCUGUUUUCAUUUUUCCUUUUUGGUGUACUUAAGUCCCCUAACAAACAAACUAACAAACCAUUAAUGCCAUUACUUCUAAUUUUAUGGGAUGUAUCAAGAGAAUGUGGGUUAGAAACCAAAAGUAACAAGAUAAAACCAUGAGGCAUAGAUUAGAGCCCGGCUGUCGGCCUCCAAAGGUUAAAAGCUUCUUGAUGGUCGUCAACAUUCACUCAGCAGAGGCUUCUGUCCAAAGCAACAUAGAAGAGAUGCAUUAAAACUCAAAAGGAGAAUAUCAGGUAACAGCUGCAGAGUCUUGCGUCCUGAGACGUGGGGAACGAAGUCCACAUGUGCCACGGCAAAGUUUUGUGAUCAAAAAACAUUUGAAUCUUUCCUAGUGUUCCUGUAACUGCCUGUAAACUGCAUCUGCCUCUGGCUGGGUAUUAGCUCAGUCGCUGCUCUUUUGAUGCUCCUUUAUGAACCACUCAAUGCAUUUAUUUUUUGAGGAUCCAAACAGGAGUUGUUUGUUCAUAAAUGUUUGUGCUUUGCCGGCAGAAGUUAAUGUCCAAAGCUGAUACAGACACAGAAACAGAAUUUUUACUUAUGGUCUUUGUGUUUUUGUUUAUCUUUUCUGAUAUCAAUAAUUUUGUCGGCACAGCCAUUCUGCUCUUUCUCCUCUAGUCAUUUCUAAACAUUUCUAUCCACUUAAAGGUGAAUUUAAUGUUUCAGACAUGUCUGGCCACUCUGGUAGUAAUCGGACCUGCCAUUUAAAAAUGGCAAAGCAAUGAAAAGAGUCAUCAGUCCGGCUGUAUAAUGGCUGCAAAAAUCCAACCAUUCUUUCUAGAUCUUACAGGGUGGAGAAAUGGAUAAAUUUGAGAAAGGUCCAAAAGAGAAAACUUAAAUCAUUGUCUCUCGUUUGGGCACUGCUAUAUUCUUCAUCUUCUCUUUUGAUGGUGUGAUUUUAUAUUUUUCUUUCUCUGUGCUUUAAAUCCCAGGACACCAUGCCGGAAGUCAGACAGAGUUCAUUCGCUCUUCUGGGAGACUUGACCAAGGCCUGCUUCCCUCAUGUCAAGCCCUGCAUUUGUAAUUAUCUACCUCUUUCACUCACAAAGUACAUACAAACUGGUCCCAUCAUCCCUUUUGUGUUUUGUGUCUGAUUUGAACUUCACGUGUGCUUCCUGCAGCUGAAUUCAUGCCAAUUCUCGGGACAAAUCUCAACCCAGAGUUCAUCUCUGUCUGCAACAAUGCCACCUGGGCCAUAGGAGAGAUAUGCAUGCAGAUGGGUGAGUUGCAAUAACUUUUGAAUUGACUACAUGAUGUCUGACAAACUUUACAACUGAAGAAAAUCAUGUGGUUAGAGAAAGGUAUCAGCAGCUGCAUGAUGUAAGACAGUUCAUGUAGGAGCUAGUAUGUUAACAAUGACAGAUCUAAUGGCUGGGGUCAACCUCUGCCUUCUCUCUUUUCUAUGGCAUACAGUAUAUGGCUGUAAUAGCCUGACCUAUUAGUACAAUCCACUGCAAAACAGGAGUUAAAGUAUACAGAUUAUUUCUUUGAGACAUGAGAACUCAUUUAACACUGACAUCCAACAAGUAGAGGGUCCAUUUUGCUCCAUUUUGUCAAGGUGUGGGCAGGCAGACAUGGUGACAUCACAUGCAGUGGUCGAGGUGAAAUGCUGAAGACAUUUCUGCUUUUUUAAAGCCUCAUUUCUGGACCACAUGGUGGAAAUAAACCACAAUACGAGAUGCAGAUGUGUGUGUUUUUUUCUUAUACUGAAUUUAUUUUCUAUCAGGAGUGGAGAUGCAGCCAUAUAUAGCAAUGGUUCUGAACCAGCUGGUUGAAAUCAUUAAUCGACCCAACACCCCCAAGACCCUGCUGGAGAACACUGGUAUGUGAACACACAGGUUUCAUGAUUGUAGUUUUCUGUGUUUUCUAUUAAAUACACCACUACUCUGUAUGGUUUUGUAACGGUGGUCUGGACUCCUCCUUUCUCCAGCUAUCACUAUCGGCCGCUUGGGCUAUGUGUGUCCUCAGGAGGUGGCUCCUAUGCUGCCGCAGUUUAUCCGACCUUGGUAAGACAUUGUUUAAUAUGCAUAUAUAGCCACUCUACUUAUAUUCUCUUCAUUCUGCACAUACUCCAGUCAGCUUAUUCAUACUUGCAUGACACAUGCAGAAUUUUUGAGUUGUUAGGCAAUACCAAGCAGCCUCUUCCUGUGUUGAAAAAUGUAGCCCAUGUGGAAAUGCAAGAUGUUUUUCUGUGUCCGCUUUAAGUUUGGCUACAAAAGCCAAGGAAGCCUGCUUGGAGUUUGAAUUGAAAUGUCCGUGUUUACAGAAGAGAGUUGAGCUCAUUCCCAGCCCUCUCCAAAAUCACAAAAAUAGUUUGGGACUCUGUAUGUGUUUUCUUUAUUUGUUAAAAAUGUGCGAGGGUAUAUGCGUAUGUUUACAUCUUUUAAUAACUGAUCUGUUUUGGUUACGCUAAGCCAUAGUGAGGGUGUGGUUUAUUUGACUGACAAGUGUGUGCUUUGUAGCUGUCUCCUCUCUGCUGGUUUCUAGAUUAGCUGAAAGUUGCUGUCAGCAUUUGUAUUAUUGGGCUCCAUGACAUCCGUACAGAAACAAAUGAGUGAUGCUCCCUUUGACAACAUUCAUGUUUCUGGGCAGUGCUUUUCUGUCACCUUGUUGCUAACUUAACACAGUCGCUGCAUUUCAGGGGUUGUGCAGUGUUGACAUUCUUUGAGAAAUGCUUGAAAUAACUUGGGUCCAUGAGGCCAGUGUUUUUUCCUAACUUAAAAAAUGUCCUGCCACGUUGUGAAAUAAAGGCAGGUAGUUUUUUUCCUUUAGUUCAAUGCUUUUUUUAAUGACAUGUAUUAUCUCUCAUUUUUCUUUAACAAUGAUGUGGUCUUCUUUUGUUUCCUUUUUCUCAGGCCAGUUAAAAAUGAAUUGCGUAAUUCAGCAUUAGAUUUUACUUUCGCUAACUGGUUAUUAUUCACACAACAUAGGUGUACAUCUCUGAGAAACAUCAGAGACAAUGAGGAGAAAGACUCUGCUUUCCGUGGGAUUUGCAUGAUGAUUGGCGUGAACCCUGGAGGUGUGGUGCAGGUAAGAUGCUGUUUACUGCAGAUGAUAAGUUUUAACCUUCAUAAGCUUUGAAGUCACCUUUGAAUUUGGGCUUCGUGUUGUUUUUCCUCAGGACUUCAUCUUCUUCUGUGAUGCUGUGGCCUCCUGGGUGAAUCCUAAAGAAGAUUUGAGAGACAUGUUUUACAAGGUAAAUGGUUAGCUGGGUGACACUGGUUUCUCAGGGUGAAGAACAUGAUCAAGUUGUUUUUCAAGUUUCUGUGUUUCCACAUUUGGACUCAUUUAAAUUCUCAGUUUUCAACAGAAAAUCUUCCACUCUUCAUUGUUUUCUCCUCCUGCUGUGUGAGUCCGUGGGUGUUGCAAAGACCUCAGGCCAAGCUGAGAGUACUCAAAUCAGUUUUUUUUUAUAAACCUCAGCAGCAUGGACACUUGUUGUAGUGCAGAGAGAAAGCAAACUCCAUAAAUGCCAGAUGGCUCUGUGUACAAAUUCUGAACAAGUUCACACUUACCAGAAACUUCUGUAAUACUUAAUCAGAGGUUGAACAAACUACUUAUGUGGCAAUAAAUCAGUGUCUUGAGCUGUAUGCUACAAUUAUCGUAAACCUGCAUUAAAUAUCCAUGUUUCUGCCCAAAAGGGAUUUCUCUGCUAGUGUGACGCACCACUUCCUGACUCCACAGUGACAUAAAUAAGGGGAAGAUGAACAAUAAAACAGCAGGAUUAUCAGACUGUAAUAAAACAAUCAUUUUAAGUUGUCCUAUAGAAAUUUCUGUAACAGAUUAAUAUACACAUGUUUCAUCUACUCGGUAAAGCCAAAUGAAAGUGCAGUCAAUAAAUCCAUCAGUCCUACUCCUUGUGUUUUUAGAGGCGUCUCGUGUUCUGCAUUUAAUCAGAUUAGCUGGUGUUUCACUGAAUGAUCGUCUUGUAGUGCAUCAGUCAUCGCGGUAUCUCUGUGAUAUUGUUUAGCCAAGUAUCUUAUUGUAAGUCAUGGUAAUUCCCUCCCCGAUUAUUGAUUUUAGCAAAUUGUACUUUGGUUCUGAAAUGUAACUGUUGUGUUGUUCGGACAUUAGGAAGUUCAUAUUAAAUGAGGUAAUUGGUGUCGGUCGUACUCUUGAUCCAUUGAUUUAAGUUAAUGCUUUUUUAGAUGGUUUUAAAAAAUGGCGAGACAGCACUGCAUGACAAAAGUGAUGGACAAUACAAAGACAGAAUCAAACUAGAACAAAAAUAUAGAUUUGAAGGUUUGGAGAUGACAUUUUGAUAGAUCAAAAAGAGAAAUAAAAAAGAAUCAAUAUAUUUCAGUGUAGUUAGAAUGAAAAUGUCAUUUCAUCUGAAGGUGCGAUAUCCAUCUGAAAAGUGAGAUUGUUGGGUUAAAGUACUUAAAUUCAAAAAGGGAAGAAGCUCUGAAUAGAGGGCAUCAGAGCUCAUGGGCCACUCAAGCCAAGGCCUCAGUGGCUGUAAGCAGCCUGAUUCUGAUUGAAGAAUCAAUAAGAGAUCUGCUGAGGGAUUAAAUAGUUGAAGAAGUCUGUGUUCAGAAUGUUUGUGAAGUUGAAGAUUGCUUAAGAUGUGCCUGAAUACGAGUUUUCCCAUCUUCUGCCCCUUUGCACAGAUCCUGCAUGGUUUUAAGGAACAGGUCGGGGAGGAGAACUGGCAGCAGUUCUCAGAGCAGUUCCCUCCACUGCUGAAGGAGAGACUGGCAGCCUGCUACGGCGUUUAGAAUCUCUACACCCACCCUAUAGGUAAUCCCGUGAAAAGACCUGUUUUGACUCAAAUCAAAGGAAAGAAAUGUUUUUAAGUUGACUUGUUUGUGUGCACCUCUAAGUUUUGCUCUUCCUCCUAGGUGAGCCAGCAGGAGGAGGGUGAAUGGGAAACUCAUCCAUCUGUGUAUUGCACUGCCCAGAUCUGGGGGGAGGGAGAGGGACGCUAUUGGCCGCUCCCCCUGACGGACGGCCCCCACACCCUAUGUGUUGUCCAUAGAGGGAGGGUGGGCGGGUGGGAGGGAGGGACAGAGGGACACCUCUAGAUUAACUAGGCAGGGACCCGACACAGAAAAAAACUAACUGGUAGGGACAGAGAGAAGGACAUGUAGGAGACACAGAGGGAUAGAGAAGUUGAGAAAGAAGGAAGCAGGGAAAGAGACCAGCACAGAGAAAGUUCAGGGAAAGAGAGGGAGGGAAUCAGUAAUAUGCAGGGAAAAAGAGCUACAGAAAGGUCUGUAAACUUUGCUUGAAAGACAGGGACAGUAAAGAUUUUAAUGGGAAUCUUAAACUUAGGAGUAAGUGAUAGCUUGACCGACAGAGACAAACCCACACACAGACUCACACAUAACCUUGCACAUGCAGAGCAUGCAGUACAUGAAUUUGACUGUGGGUGGCACUAUCAUUUUGACUUUUUGAGACCUACUACAUGUAGUUAGGGACAGACAGGCAGGUGUCUAAACUCUGUUAGUUUUCUGGGUGAUAUAUUUCUUUUCCGGGGAAUAGGAUUCAAUUUGAAUUACUUCAUCUGUAGUCACUGAAUUCUACUUAACUGUAUGAUAGUCCUGCUCUCUGCAUCUAUGUUUCCUAUGUUCAUUUUUGACCAGAGUGCUGCUUCACAGAGCUGUUCAUCCGCCAGACAUAUUCUCGUAACAUUUUCUAAACGAUCGUAAGAGAGACAAAAAAAAAAAAAUUAGAAAAAGAGCAAGUGUCUUUCCUCGUGGCUUCACAGAAACCAUUCCUGUAGGAAGAGAGGAUUAGGGCUAACACAUUUGUUUUCUCACCAGAGAAGAAGAACGUGUAGAACGAUAAUCACAUCCUUUAGUUGUGUCCUCUAAGUUGUGUGUGUCCGAGUGUGUGUGUCGGAGUGUAUGUGCUCGCGUGCAUGUGCAGUUUGUAAAUCCCUUCUUUGGCAUUCUAUGUUAAAAGUGCGUGAGUUAUGUAUUGUUUUGAAUAUGGUACCAAGCUAAAACUUGACUCCCACCGCAAUGUCCUUGGCACCCGUUAACUGUGACCAAGUGUUUGUAAUUUCGUUUGUAUGUGGUUGUGUAUGUGUGUGCAAGAGUGAGUUUGUGUGUGUUUGUCUUCAUUCGUACUGAUAUCCAUUUGAUGCCAUGUUGAUAUCUUAAGUAAAACAGUGAUUGGCGACAUCAUGGUGAUCUUUAUAAUGUUUUAGAGAUGGUCCAUAUUCUUUUUUUUUUUUUUUUUUUGCUGCUACUGAUAAUUUUCUGUUUCUAUAGUGGACUUAAAUUCGCACAAUUAACACAUAAAAACAAUUGAAUUAAUGCUAUUUUCAGUGACUGUUGAGUUGUUUUUGCACUUUUUAUUUUAUUUUACCUUUUUUCUUUUUGUAUGGACUUGUUAUUUUUUUUUUUUUAACCUCACCCGUAUUGAUAUGUCUUGACCCUAAUGUCAGUGUUUGUCAUACUGUGUUGCACUGUGAAAUUAAGUGUCUUUGACUGGCAGAUAUCCCAAUACAUAAUGGCAAAUAAAAACAACUUUGUGAAACUGGGACUAAUCCGCACUUUUACAAUGACUAACUUUGCCAUAUUGCUGAGGUGUGUUUGCGUGCUCGAGUGAGAUCCUGCAUGUGUGAGACCCUGCAUGAGUAAGAGCGCAUGAGUUCUCUAGCUUUUUUUACCUAUGAGCAUGUUUUAUAAUAGUUCAGUGGUGUUCAUUUGAUGCGUGCACAGUAGGGGUACAGAGUUUAAUUUAACGGUUUUGUAGCCUACCCCGGUCUACUUUCUGUGCAUGUUUUGUGUUGUUUUUAUUCAGUGUGGGGGAAUGCGUGUUUGCAGUGGCGUCUGAUGUAUUCAUGUAUUUCAGAGUAAUAUGAGUUCCCUUUACACACCAACACCACCUCAAUUUACAAUGAGGGCAAAGUAUAGUAAAAAAAAUUCAAACAGCUAGGACACUGCCAAAGAGCCAUCGUAAUUUAAAAUCGGACAAAUAUCAGAGAUGGGUGGCUAUUUCAGAAUUCUGCAGGCGCAACAUGACAGCAAAUGAGUACAGGUACCGAAGGGCUUUACAGGGAAUAAAACGAGACUUUGCCUGAAAAUCAAAUACUGGGACCUAUUUUAAAUAAAUAAUCUGCCAGUGUUUUCCAGCAUGCACACAUCUGGAUAAUAGACAAUGCACUUGAUUUGACCUAGACUGUGACCACUGAGAUAAUCAAAUCAAACUUCAAUCACCUCAAACACAAGACAAUCUGAACUCCAGUCAACUUGUUUUUCCACUCUCUUGGUUCAAAGCUUGUAUGAGAACAUUGUUAGAUGCUCGUUUCUUUUUCCGACUUGUGCAACUGUUGUUGUCUUUAGUUUCACAAACAGUAUUUUCUGUCUGAAGGAACAGUGUAUAUUUUUUGAGUGAUACUGUGGUAUCAAUUGCUUAUGAAUAGAAAUCAUUCAAAUAGGCAUAGAAAGCUGAUGGGAACAAAAGGAGAAAUGAUAGGAGAUUAGGAAGAUUCUUUUUUUCUAAAUUCUGUGAACGUAAUAAAGAGCAUGACAUUGUUCCAUGAUGUUGGCAGAGAGGCUUUGGUACCUUUUUCUGUGGCUCACUUUUGCUAGGCAUAUUAUGUUUUUAUACUAGUGGGGAAGGAAAUAAAAUGCUUUGUGUUCAUUGUAAGUUUAUUUGUUAAAAACAUCUUGAAAGUUCAGCUCAAUUGUGGAUUAAAUAAAUCAUGUUAUACAUAUCUCCUAAUGGCUGGAAAUGCUGCAGUACUAUGCUGGGGUCUUUUGUGUUAAAUAGAUGGAUGAGAGGUGAUAUCUGUGGCAGGUUUUAUUAUUCAUCACGAUUCAGAAUUCUGCUUUAUUACCUUCAGAAGAAUUUUGAACUGACAAAACUGGACAUGUGUCUUUAUGUGAAAGUAACUCCAACACGUCGUGCAAUGACACUGAGGCAGUAAAACUUAAAAUGCAAAAACUGGGGCCCUGCUGAAGCUCCACCCUCAAACACAAAGCCACCAGUUUGUAAACUAGAAGACCUUUUCUGGAUUUAGGCGGUGAACCUGACUGCAGUCCUUUCAUGUGACUUACAAGAGCUUGUUGUUGUGUAGGUGACAUGCAAUCAUUUCCAUCAGUACAGCCAGAUUAAACCAACUGGCUUAAAUCAAAGAAUUAAAGUCUUGAAUUGCCAUCAUUCCUCUGUUUGUAUAUUUAGGACAAAUUGAAGUAACCCUGCUUGGCUUUGAAUAGCUUGUAGCACAUGAUAUAAUGAUAAACUAAACUGAAGUUGCAUACGCCUGGCCUCCAGCUCUGCAGAAGUCAUCUUUGAUUCAGAUUGUGUCCACCCUCUACAUGAAGCAUUUACUAUGGACAAUGUUUUAUAUGUCAAGAAAUCAGAUAAAUAAACUCCAAACAAAACCGUGAACUAAUUUCCUACACAAAGCUAGAACUGCUGCCAUCAUGUGGUAUUUGGUUGCUGUAAGUGGUUUCAAAAGACUCUUCGGCCGGUUCAGAAAUGAUUCUGUAUGUGCAGUAGUAAAACGGAAAAGAUUUAAUUCACCUUCAGUACGGGCUCUACAUCCAUAAAACAAAAAACAUGAUUGAAAAUGUCAAAUAUCUGCAGCAAAAACAACACCACUUGAUAUGAUUUAUAAAAAGAUAGCGGUUCGGUUUAAUGGUUUGAAAAUAAAUAUUGUGACAGGUUUUAUAAUUAGACUGACAUGGUAAUUGAUCAGAAGCCUCCUGAUUUAGAGUCCUGUGGGCAAAUUUUAUGUUUCACCACACCUGAUAUUCUCAUAACCUCCUUGGGAGCUCUUCUUAAACCCUUAAAAGCGAUGUGCUGUGAUUAGCUGGAGGCCUUCUCCAGUGCUUAUUGCAUAGAAGUGGAAACAGGUCGUGGAGGAGAAUUUUGAAUAGCUUUGUGAAGGUAAAAUCACAGCAGUCUGCAUUGAUGAGUAAGCCACUCUGUACUGCUUGUGGACCUGCUCAGGGACUCCGGAUGGAUUCUAGCUAAUCAGCUAAAUCCUCUGCACUGCGUCUCCUCUGAUUAUCUGAGAUUAAUGUAUGUUGUGCACAGUCCCCAACAAACCAGACAAAAUUAAACUCAACAUUUUGUGAUGACAGGGAUAAAUUGUGCUAUCUGACUUUUUUUAGAGAUGAUCAAGCAUUCAUGUUUAUCACACCACACCAGAACUUUCUCCUGAAAUUUCUGUCCCUGCCCAUUUACUGCAAGUUAUUGACUUACCUUAGGAAAGUUUAAAAGGUUCUUGGACAUCAAGCUGUCCUCAAACAUGGUUCAGCUUGGUACAGAUCUGCUGUGGUGCAAAUCGCUAGGUCUAUCAUGCUCCAUUGGCUAUGAGUUCGUUUCUAAUUUGUCUUAAGAGCUUUUUGUCUCAAAUCAUUUGUUCAGUCAAUGUCAUUGUCAAAGUACUACCAAAGUUACAAAGCUGAGUCAUCCCUGCCCAAUAUUCCCUAAACACUGUUCUCACACUCUGUUGUAUCAGAUUUCCACCUUGUAUUGUUUCAUAAAUAAUGUUGUAGACACAAAGAUACGAAGUUGAUAUAAGGUCAGUGAAGCUGCCGAGUAUCUUGGGUGAAUUGUAAACAUAGAGGCCCCUCAGGUCAGAGUCAAAGGUAAGUGUUGGAUUUAAAAUACUGGUCAACACACAAUUUAACAACGGUCCUUGAAUUUAAGGAGGAAUAUAUUCUCUGAUGGCUUUUGGUACUUAACACCAUAUAUGGAUAAAUGAGAUUAUGGCAUUUACACAUCUUGAAAUUUUAUUUCACGUUCUAAAAAGGUUCAAUCAAGCACAUUUGACAGAAAAGUCCUUAAAAAGCUACAAGAGGUCAGAGGAUCCAGCCAUCUCUGGUCCAACCAUUUAUCUUUUCAAAUAGUUUCUUUACAGGAAUCAAUCCUUCUCUGAAGA